AUGGAGCAGGAAGAACCGUGGAUAGAUGCAAGAGCACUUGAAGCCUCGUGGGUAUAUGUGACCGUGAACAUCAAUGAGUAUCACAUGAUGAAUGAUUCUGUGUUCAAAAUGCAUUUCAGAAUGUCAAGAAGAAUUUUUGAGUUGCUGGUGCAGACAGUAGGAAAUCAUCUUCAUGAUCAAGGAAGGUUACAGAGACAGAGAACAGACUUGCAAGAUAUACUUCUAAUGGUCGUAUGGGUAUUGGCGACGCCUGAUUCCUUCAGAAGUAUUGCCCUUAGGUUUGGUCGUCGACCAUCCACCUUGUGGUACUUCUAUUCUUAUGUCAUUAUGGCUUUACGAGAACUUGCCCCAAGGUUCAUAGCUUGGCCAAGUGCGGAGGAGAAAACUGUGAUCAAAGGUGUAUUUCAAAGAGCUACCGGGUUUCCUGGUGUUGUGGGGAGUAUUGAUUGCACCCACAUCUACAUAUCAGCCCGUAAUGAAGAUGCUGCCCAUUAUGUUAACCGUCAUGACACCUAUAGCAUGAAUGUUCAAGCAGUGGUUGACCACACAUUGUUGGUUCGCCACUUACAUGUUGGAGAAGUAGGCAGCAUGCAUGACAGACGUGUGCUAAGAAGAAGCCCUCUUCUCCAUGAUCUUCUUAAAGAAGGAGAAGAUAGGAUUGUAGAUCGUGAUGAACACAUUCUGGGCGACGGUGGUUACCAACUAACUGAUUUUAUGCUGGUACCUUUUGCAAAUGAUAACCGCUUAACUGAACAACUACUGUUAUUUAACAGAAGGUUAUCUCAAUGUCGAGUCCGGGUCGAAAACGCUUUUGGCAGAGCCACGGGGAAGUGGAGGAGACUCAAGUACUUGCAUGCAAGAAACCCAGAAUUUGGAAGUCGUGUUGAAGCUGGUACAGCUAGCUGCAGUGAUAAACUUCAGCACCCGCCCCUUCAACUUUCAAAUGUUCCUGAGAAGUUUGCGGGUCAGCUCCCAGAUUUUGAUCCUGUGCCCCACCCAGCUGUGAGUUGCUCUCCACCACUCACUGAAAAACUUGCUGAAACUCAGAUACAACCUCUCUACGAACAUCCAAAAGUUCUUAUUUCGCACGAUGAAAACCCACCACUCACUGAAAAACGUGCUGAAACUCAGAUACAACCUCUCUACGAACAUCCAAAAGUUCUUAUUUUGCACGAUGAAAACCCAAAUCAAGGUUUUCGAGAAGUUUCCUUCAGUGUGAACUCCCAUCUUCCAGUAUCCUCCAAAUGGAUUAAAGUGGCAUGGCUCAAAACUUGGAGCUGCCAGAAUUUGAUGUGUUGCAGACUGAUUUUGAAGAUUUCAGUACUAUUGGUACCAUGGAUUUCCUGAGUUGUCCGGGGCGUCCAGCAGUCCACAUUUUGCGUAGAGAAUUAUUCGGUUUUGGG